AUGGCGCGGUGGUUGUCAUUCUUUGCAGAAUACAACUUUACGGUCGAGUACAAACCAGGACGACUUAAUGUCGUCGCUGAUGCACUCUCACGUCGUCCCGACUUUGAAACAGUCGCGAAACCCAACAGUGAGACAGUCACUGUUGCGGUUAUGACAUCCUCAGUCCCAUCUACAACGUUGUAUGAUGAUGUGAGGCGGGCAUACGCCCAAGAUGGCGAGAUUGUGAAGUUGUUGACACAUCUCUCACAACCAUCUCGAGAAUCGCUGAAACGAUUGUCGUCUGCGUAUCGAUCUGCAUCAGAUCGAUACACUACUCGCGACGGUUUACUGUAUUAUACAGCCGUUUCUGGUGACACACCACGUGUUGUCAUUCCAGAUGAUGCUGAUCUGCGUUUGCGGAUCAUGUUCGAGUAUCACGAUGCUCCUAUAGGAGGACAUCGUGGCCGGGAGAAAACAAAUCUCACGGUGAGUCGAGACUUUUACUGGCCCCGCCAGUAUCAGUUUGUGCGAGAGUAUGUUCGCGCAUGCGAAGUCUGCCAACGAGUGAAGUCAAGUCCUUCACUGCGUGCACCUUUACAGCCUCUACCGGUUCCGGCUGAGUGCUGGGAAUCCAUCUCAAUGGAUUUCGUCUUCGGGUUACCCAAAGACGCACGCGGGAAUACGGGUAUUCUCGUAUUUGUUGACAGAUUCAGCAAAAUGGUACACCUUGUGGCUGUACCCGAGACAAUCACGGCAAGUGGCUGUGCUUGUGUCUUUAUUGACACCAUCUUCCGACUUCAUGGGUUGCCCCGUGAACUCGUAUCAGACAGAGAUCCACGAUUCACUGCUGAUUUCUGGCGUUCCGUGUUCAAAUCACUCGGAACGCGCUUGAAGAUGUCGACAUCUGAUCAUCCAGAGUCAGAUGGUCAGACGGAACGUGCCAAUCUUGUCCUUGAAGAGAUACUUCGAGGAUACGUACACUCCUUUAAGAGUUGGAGUGAGUUUUUGCCGAUGGUAGAGUUUGCCAUCAACAACUCGGUGCAUGCGUCCACGACACAUACACCGUUUUACGUGAAUGGCUUGCGCCAUCCGCGUGUACCCACCUUACUCGAGUGUAACUCUGGUUUAAGGGGGGGAGGGACUCGCGCGAGCAAAAACCGAUUUGGUUCACGCUCAUCACGCUCUGACGAAGAAGUCAUUGCGUUUGAUGCCGAUAUCGAUAACAUCGAUAUCGAAGAAGAUGAUGCCAGUGAGAGUGCGGAAGCCCUCACUGAAGACAAUGAUCCCAGUGAGAGUGCGGAAGCCCUCACUGAAGAAAAGGUUGUUGUCGCUGCAGUGCGCUCACAGCACACUGAAGCUAACGAGUCAUCAGAUGAGUUCAUACUGGCUCGUGAAACGGUAGUCCGUUUUGUGCAAGACUCCAUCGCCGAAGCGGUGGAUAAGCAAAAGCAAAACGCUGACAAGAAUGGAAGGGCAAACACUCUUUUAUUUAAUAAAGGUGACUUAGUCCUACUGUCUACGGUUAAUCUACCAAAGCAUGUAGUGACUAACUUGGGUAGCAGUAAACUACUACCCAAGUACAUUGGCCCAUUUCGUGUAUUGCACCGCCUAGGCAAUGCAUACACGAUCGAGGUUACCACGUAA